UUGAGAAUAUGAUAUAUGAUUUAGUUUUAUUUAUGUGGUUUUAUUAAAGUUAAAACUAAACUAGUUUGACUAGAUAACACUAUGACCGAGGCACCGAGCUGGUUAUUUUAGAAGUUGGAUACAAAAGUUGAAUUGUCGAAAAAGGAUGAACCACCCAAAGUAAUUUCAGGUAGAGUUUCGGGAAGAGUUGACCAUGCGUUUUAGAAUCUUCGCUGUGCUAAAUCUUCUUCUUCUUCUCCUAAGCUCAACAGCAGCGGCGGUUGAUUUCGUCUACAAUGGAUUCCUCUCCUCGAAUCUAAGCCUCAGCGGAAUCGCCGACCUGACCUCCAACGGCCUCCUGCGUCUGACCAACGGGACAGCGCUGCAAAAAGGGCAGGCUUUCUACCCUCGCCCGGUGACCUUCCACAACAACUCCUCCUCCGCCUUGAUCUCCUUCUCCACCUCCUUCGUCUUCGCCAUCGUUCCUCAGUUUCCUGCUCUCAGCAUUCACGGAAUCGCCUUCGUAAUCGCCCCCACCCCUGGCCUCCCCUGGGGUAUGCCCACCCAGUAUCUCGGCCUCUUCAACCAGACAAACAAUGGCAACUCCACCAACCACGUCGUUGCAGUUGAGCUCGACACGGCCCAGAACAAAGAGUUCGGCGACAUCGAUGACAACCAUGUUGGGAUUGAUAUCAACGGGUUGGGAUCUGAAGUUGCUGCUUCCGCGGGGUAUUAUGAUGAGGACGGGCAUUUGAGGAACUUGACCCUUACCAGCGGGCAGCCGAUGCAAGUUUGGGUCGAAUACGAUGGUUUAGAGAGAAAGAUGGAGGUCACUCUAGCUCCCAUUAAUCGCCCCAAACCCAGGACUCCUCUUUUGUCCUUAGUUCGUGAUCUUUCUUCCAUUAUUAAUGACUAUGAUGAAAUGUAUCUUGGGUUCUCCUCGUCCACCGGUGCAAUUCCAACAUCUCAUUAUAUUCUGGGCUGGAGUUUCAAGACGAAUGGUCGGGCCGAAGACCUCUCCAUUUCUAGACUCCCUAGACUUCCUCGGGUCCGUUCCCAAAAAAUAUCCCAACUUUUGACCAUUGGGUUGCCUUUGAUUGCAGCCAGUCUUGUUCUGAUUGCAAUCUCAGGUGUAGCUUUCUACAUAUCAAGGAAGAGAAAGUUUGCUGAUGAAGUUGUUGAAGAUUGGGAGCUUUUAUACGGGCCUCAUAGAUUCAAGUAUAAAGAUCUGUACAUUGCCACAAAAGGGUUCAGCCAAGAGGAGUUACUUGGGUCAGGUGGGUUUGGAAAGGUUUACCACGGGGUUCUACGGGCCUGCAAAACCGAGAUUGCUGUGAAAAGAGUCUCCCAUGAGUCCAGGCAAGGAAUGAAGGAGUUUGUGGCCGAGAUUGUAAGCAUUGGUUGUCUCCGACACCGGAACUUGGUUCGGCUCUUGGGAUAUUGCCGGCGCCGGGACGAUGAGUUUAAUGCAAGACUGGGAGAUUUCGGGCUCGCAAGGCUUUACGACCACGGCACCGACCCACAAACCACCCACAUUGUUGGGACUCUAGGGUAUCUUGCCCCGGAGCACGCGAUUACCGGAAAAGCCACACCUGCGACGGAUGUGUUUGCCUUUGGUGCAUUUUUGCUUGAGGUUGCCACGGGAAGGAGGCCAAUCUCUCCACCAACAGAAGAAGAUGCAGUGGUUUUGGCUGAUUGGGUUCAUUCUUGUUGGUGUAGAGGCGAUAUUCUUGAGGCUAAGGAUCCAUUGAUGGGGUCAGAUUAUGUGACAGAGGAAGUGGAAUUGGUGUUAAAACUCGGCCUCCUCUGUUCCCAAUCUGAGCCUCGAGCAAGGCCAACCAUGCGCCAAUCUGUUCAGUUCUUGGGAGGAGAUUUGCCCUUUCUUGGCGUGCCUUCUCCUGCUGGUCUAGCAUUUGACCAUCCUCAUGGCUCUCAUGGUUUUGGCCCCUCAUAUUCAUCUUCUUCUGUUGAAGAGUCUCUCCUCUCUGGAGGUCGUUAGAUAGACUAACUAUUUUUAUUCAAUGUAGAUGAUCUAAAUAUGUAGUAUUAAGGUAUUGCUAUUUGGAUAAUAUAUGAAUAAAUAAAUGUUUUGCUCUUUG